AUGACCUCCAGUGCUCUGAACAAGGCAAACUCCUCUCAGGAAAUCUUCUUCGAAGUGGAGCUGCCCAAGACGGCCUUCAUCACCAACUUCAGCAUGGAGAUUGAUAAGGAGAUCUAUGUUGGGGAGGUGAAGGAGAAACAGCAAGCCAAGAAACAGUAUGAGAAGGCUGUCUUAUCAGGAAAGACAGCUGGAUUGGUCAAAGCCUCUGGAAGAAAAAUGGAGAAGUUUUCAGUGUCGGUGAACAUUGCAGCCAAUAGCAGUGUGACAUUUAUUCUGACCUAUGAAGAGCUCCUUCAGAGAAAACUUGGCCAGUAUACGAUUCUGACCCGGGUUACACCCAAACAGCUGGUUCAGAACUUCCAGAUAGAGGCUAAUAUCUAUGAGCCCCAAGGCAUUGUAUUUGUAGAUGCCCAUGGAACUUUCCUAUCCAAUGAGCUACUCCCCCUGGUGAAGAAAACUGUAACUCACACAAAGGCACAGAUCUCCUUCUCACCAAUGCUGGACCAGCAGAGGAAAUGUCUUGGAUGUGAUACCACGCUUAUUGAUGGAGAUUUCAUCAUCAAGUAUGAUGUGAAUCGAGCAAAGAGCCUAGGUGACAUUCAGAUUGUGAAUGGGUACUUUGUACACUUCUUUGCUCCUCCUGACUUACCCCCUGUCCCAAAGAAUGUGGUGUUCAUAAUUGACAAAAGCGGCUCUAUGGCUGGAACAAAGAUUAGCCAGACCCAAGAGGCAAUGCUUGCCAUCCUCCAAGACCUCCAUGAGGCAGACUACUUUGCUCUCAUUCAGUUCAGUGGUUACACUAUGACCUGGAAGGAUUCGCUUACCAAGGCGAGUAAAGGCAAUGUUGCCAAAGCCAUGAAGUAUGUCAAAAGGAUACAUGCGAAUGGAGCCACUAAUCUUAAUGCUGCAGUGUUGAGAGCAGUGAAAAUGCUGGUGACAGACAGGAAAGACAACAAGCUCCCUACGAGAAGCGUGGAUAUGAUUAUCUUAUUGACCGAUGGGAUGCCAAAUGAAGGUGUGACCCAUCUUCUAAAGAUCCAAGAGAAUGUGCGCCGUGCUGUCAGCGGGAAGAUGUCUCUCUUUUGUCUGGGCUUUGGAAAGGAUGUGGAUUACUCUUUCCUGGAUGUGAUGGCCAAACAGAACAAGGGCUUAGCCAGAAGGAUCUAUGAGGCCUCAGAUGCAACGCUACAACUCCAGGGUUUCUACAAGGAGGUGGCCAGCCCUCUGCUCACAGAGGUGGACCUGCGUUACCCUGAUAACACAGUGGGCUUCUUGACAACCAACCAUUUCAGUGAGCUGUUUAACGGCUCAGAGAUUGUGGUGGCCGGUCGGGUGACUGAAAAUGACAUAGACAACUUCCUGGUGGAAGUGUUCGGCAAUGGGCCUGAGGAGGACUUCCAGGUGCGUGGCCAGACCAGUGCUGUGGACUGGGGUGUGAUCUACCCAGAGCAGGAGUAUAUAUUUGGGAAUUUCACAGAACGUCUGUGGGCCUACCUCACCAUCCAACAGCUACUGGAGAAGAGUGAGACUGGAACUGAGCAAGAGAAGAGUAAUGCCACUGCCAAGGCCUUGGCUAUGUCCCUGCAGUACAACUUUGUCACCCCUCUCACCUCCAUGGUGGUCACCAAACCUGAAACUGAGGAGGGUCCGGGUAGCCCCCUCAUUGCUGACAAGCUGACUGAGGGUAGGAGAGGUCAACGAGGAGAAAAUCCUAUAUUUCGUAAUUUAUGCGUGAGACCCCUUGCACACCAUUACACUUUUUUUUUGGAUGGAGAUCCUCAUUUCGUGAUUGAGCUGCCAGAGAGAGAGGACGCACUGUGCUUUAACAUCGACGACACACCAGGGACCAUCUUCAACCUGGUCAGAGACCCAAACUUAGGCAUUUUGGUCAAUGGUCAGACUGUAGGAAAAAAGAAAGUUGUCCCUGACGGUAAAGUCAGCACCUACUUUGGUCGUUUCGGCAUCGUCCACCAGACUCUGGGGGUGAGACUACAGGUGACCACUCAGGACAUAUCUGUGUCCCAAGAUGGUGAAUCGAUGAGACUGAUGUGGUCUGAUAUAGCCUCCCACAAAGGGCCCAAGAUGGACCUUGCAUUGACAAAGAACUGCAGCCUGACAGUGACUCUGAAGGGCUCCUUCAAAUUCAAAUUUAUGCUGGUUCUUCACACGAAGGUGUGGAAGAACCAGCACUACCAGCAGGACUACCUGGGUUUUUACACGCUGGACAGCCACUUGAUGUCGCCUGCGGUUCAUGGACUGCUAGGUCAGUUUUACCAUGGAGUUGACUUUGAGGUGGGAAACCUGCGUUCAGGAGAGGGCCCUGAGACACUGGACGCCACCAUGUUUGUCAAAGGGCGGGAGCUCAGUGUGACCAGACACUGGCAGAGAGACUUCAGGAGGGAUGUGAAGAAUGGAGAAAAGGUUCCCUGCUGGUUCAUUUACAGUAAUGGCACAGGCCUCAUAGAUGGAAGUGCCUCAGACUACAUUGUGUCAGGCCUCUUUAAGGCUAUCUGAGCACACUCAUCAGGCAAACAGGCAGUCUCGGUUGAACUGCCCUUUGGUCACAGAACUUAAAUUUCCAAUCCUGAAGAUUGCCAUUUUUGUUUUACUUGCUGACACCCCUGCUGAUAUGAGAUAAUUGCAGCGGGGUUUAAAGGAAAA